AUGGCAGCAGCAGGGAGCAGCUGUGGCAGCCUGGCCUACCUGAGGUUGGACGUCACUUGCCCCCUGCCCAGGCCUUCCGGCUCACCUGGGAAGCAGUCGCGGCCGCGCGCGCCCCGGGGCCGACUCCGGCCGCGGGGAGCCCCCGCCCCGCCCACCUGGCCCCCGCGCCCCACUCACCAGCGCGCACGGCCCCGGCGGCCUCAGCGGGCGCUGGGCGACGCCGCCUCUACCGCAGCCCGGCCGGGCCGCGGGGCGCAGGGGAGUCCGCGCCGCUGCUGCUGCUGUUGCUGCCGCCGCCGCCGCCGCUGCUGCAUCCCCAGCGAGUGCUGCUGCCGCUCCUCCUCCCCUCCCUCCGCCUCCUCCCGCCUCUCCGCCCUCUGGCUCCGCCGCCGCCGCCGCCGCCGCCCCCCGGCCCCCGCCCCGGCGCGCCGCCCUCGCCAAAGUCCGGGUCCGCGCCUUGCCCGGGCGGCUCUCGCAUCGCCGCAGCCUGGCCGCCGCGCCGCCCGAGCCUGCCCCUUGGCACCGUGCGGCCCGGCCCCCCGACUGCCUGCCUGCCGCCCAGCUCCGCGCGGGGGAGGCGAGCGCGCGCCGCGGAGGGGAGCGGCGGGCCGGCAGCCGCGGGGGACCCCGCCGCGGCGCCCUCCUGGUGCCCCAGCGCGCGCGAGCUCUUUACCUCUGGCUGGAAGGACGGGCGGCCCGGCUGGCCCGGCCCUGCUGUCCCCGGCGUCCGGCCCCGGCCCCGAAGUCUGGCCCCGGACGGCUCAACGGCGGAGAGCGGGGGUCCGGACAGCCCUCUGCCUCCUGAUGCCUCGGGACCCCGCUGGCCGCGCUCCCGGCGCCGAGCGCGCACCCUCGCAGGGCCACAGACGCACACUCACCCGACACACACUCGCUCCAGCUCGCCCUCGGCGGAGAGUUGAAACAGCUGUGGGAUUCGCCCAGGAGCUGGAAAUGAGGGAGGGACGCGGGCCGGAGCCGUGCGUGUGA